AUGAUGGUAGCUGUUUUACGUUACGUCAACAAUGUACUUCAUUUGAAUAUUCUUACUGAAGCUUUAUUAAAUGCUGAUGUUUUCUUGUGCGGUAAAAUCAAACAAUUUCUUAUUCGUCUUUUCAUUGUUAAUGUUAAAUUUAAGAUAGAUGAAAGAUUAAUAUCUUCAUCAGCAAUUGCGAUAGUUUCAUUAUUUGCUGUUGAAGAAGGUAAUAAAAUUUAUGUAGUUGUUCUAGGUGGUAUUCAUAGUCAAAAACAAUCAUGA